AUGCAAGAAGAAAUUGAUGCUUUGCAUAUGCAAGGCACCUGGCUUCUUGUUCCUAAUCCUAAUAACAAGAACAUAGUAGUUGCUAGACACAAGGCUCAACUAGUAGCUCAAGGCUUUAGUCAAGAGCCUGGAUUCAACUUUGGAAAGAAUUUUAGUCAUGUGGUCAAGCAUACCACAGUGAGACUUAUCUUGAGCAUUACUGCAAUGAAUAAAUGGAAAUUGAGGCAUCUAGAUGUCAAAAAUGCAUUUUUGCAUGAUGACCUUGAGGAGGAAGUCUACAUGCGUCAACCACAAGGUUUUGAGGAUUCAAUUCAUCCUAAUUUUGUUUGCAAGCUUCAAAAAUCUCUAUAUGGCUUGAAACAGGCUCUAAGGGCAUGGAAUGCCAAAUUCACUGGUUACUUACUAGCUAUAGGUUUUAAGUCCUCACACUCCGAUCCCAGACUGUUUAUGAAGCAUGAUGGUGUUGGAAAAACAAAAUUAGUAUAUUAA